AUGGCGUCUCUCGAGGACCUCAUGCAAGAGAUCUUCCGCAUAGCAGAGGACUACUUGGAAGGGAUCGUAGACGAACAAAUGGAUGAGGAGAAAGUCCCUAGCGGUAACUGCCCCUUGCUUGAACAGCAUACAAGACACUAAGUAGAUGGUGACAGUGGACAAAUGCAUGAAAUACGUCAGAGAUGAUCGCGACUUUGGGGGGGUCUCGAUUCAGUUGCUCAGGAGCAUACCUAGACCAGUCAUUGCAGCGAUGAUUGACGGCACAAUAGGUCACAAAUUGGCUACCAGCCAGGAAUUCGAGCGUCUGUUUCAUGAUAUCGACCACUGCGCUGGUGUAUACCUCAACACCUUUGUCGUCUCGGGCACGAAGAAAGGUUUAUGCCGAAAUCAAUUGCAAGAGAUUCAUGACAUGAUGAUGCGGUAUGUCUAGUCCAUUUAUCGCUCUUUCUGAUUCUGAUUCGCAUAGAUAUAUUGCCGGCAAGGGACGGAAGGUAGAUGCCAACUCGUCCGCAGAGGACAAGGAAGCCGCAGAAGAAGCUGCCAAGAUUGAAUGGGUCUAUAAUCCGGGUCACCGUGGCUUGGAUACUUUCCGCGAAACUACAAAUGAUGGAGGACGCAAACUGAUACAGGGCUUGAAGGGUCAGGCCGAGAAGUUUUGCAGGAUGUUGCUGAGAUAUCGUGCCAAUGCAGAAUUGGAUCCCGAAGGAACCACACCACAACUGCAAAGUCCCUGUCAGGUGGGUUGCGGACAAGCAAUAACGAACAGAAUGUUCAUGUACAGUCCCACGUCGGGCAUGAAACACGUUCCAAAAACGUGGUCUCUUAUGCUGAGCUGCCUCCAGGUAAUGGAUAUAAAGGUCACUCACAUCUCCGUACCCAUCCUCAAGGUUUGGGACGGGUCACAUCUGUCACUUGCAGAAAUUUUGAUAACGGAACUGGCUUCUUCGUUGAUUGAGUAUGGAGGUUUCAACCCAGUGGCAGCUGGAGCUCGCAAACUCAAGCCCGAGAAGCACAGCGACUUUAGGCAAGAGGUAUAUGAAAAUUUCUUACAUCAUCCUUGGGCUAACCAAAAUCUACGGGAGUCAAAGGAAAUCGCAGACAAACGAAUAGAGAUUAUGAAUUCAACCCAAUCAAUUGCAUGGGACACAACUCAGGUCAAGAAGGUCGAGGAUUCCCUGGAUGAGGUCUCAGAGACCUUAACCGAAGCCAUUGAAGAGACGAAGCGGAAUACAGAAGUUCUACAAGGGCGCACCAAAGAAUUGAUUGAAGAUGCUGCCAGGCUUCGCACCGAGAAGAAACGACUCGGCAAAGAGCUGUCAUUCAAAGAAAGGUUGGAAAAGCAUCGAAAGGAAGCCAAAGCAUCGAAAGGAAGCCAAAGCAGCGAUGGCAGCGAAGGCACAAGAUACCCAAGAAUGAGAAAGGGUUUCCGUCCAACAAAUUGCUUAUAG